AUGCUCACCGGCAAGAUCGAGAAGCCGUGGCUCACCGAGAAGGACACCCGGUUGACACUCGCGUACUGGAUUGUAUACUUCGUCGCGUUCCUGGGCGUGGCCGGCGGUGCUAUCCGCUGCUACUUCGCAUGGAAGCAGACGCUGCACCUUGGGAACCUGUGCUUGGUGAUGGAGGACAACUUUGACACCUUCGACCUGGAGAACACCUGGACGCAGGAAGUCACCAUGAGCGGUUUCGGCAACCAGGAAUUUGAGAUGACCACGAAUUCCGCGAACAACUCGUUCGUGCGCGAUGGGCACCUGUACAUCGUGCCCACCCUGACAUCCGAUGUCAUCGGCUACAACAACGUGCUCGGGUCUCCCCCGUACAUGUUCAAUCUCACUGGUUGCACCGAUGCCAACUCGACCAACUGCGGCGCAGUGUCGAAUGCAUCUGCGAACGUCGUCAUACCCCCGGUGAUGAGUGCCCGCAUCCACACGAAGAAUCAGUAUGCGAUCAAGUACGGCCGCGUCGAGAUCUCGGCCAAGCUCCCGCGCGGGGAUUGGCUGUGGCCGGCGCUAUGGAUGCUUCCAGUCAACGAUGUAUAUGGACCCUGGCCACGCUCGGGCGAGAUCGAUAUCAUGGAAGCGCGCGGGAAUGGACCGGAGUAUCAGGCUCAGGGCAUCGACUACGUGCGCGGCUCGCUCAACUGGGGCCCGUUCUCGUGGCUCAACGGCGUCAGCAAGACGUUCGGGUGGUGGACGAACCGGCGGAAGACGUUCGCCGACGGCUUCCACUCGUAUGUGCUCGAGUGGGACGAGCAGUUCAUGCGCAUCUACGUCGACUCGCGCCUGACGUACAUGCUCUACCUGCGCUUCAACGAGCCGUUCUUCAAGCGCGGCGACUUCCCAUCCGUCGUCUCCAACGGCUCCAACUUCAUCGAGCUCGAGGACCCUUGGGCGAGCGGGACGCGUAACGUGGCGCCCUUCGACCAGCCGUUCUACCUCAUCAUGAACGUCGCGGUCGGUGGUACGAACGGCUGGUUCCCAGAUGGGGUUGGGAACAAGCCGUGGUUGGACGGCUCAGACAUUGCGAUGACCGAGUUCGCUCAAGCACAGGAAAAGUGGUAUGCGACGUGGCCCACAAAUAUAGAAGAUCGCGCGCUCGUCGUUGAUUCGGUCAAGAUGUGGCAGCAGUGCUGA